AUGCCUUCUUCAACCACAUUCUCAAAAGACACCCUCCCCGAAUACCCUGUCCAGAACCUCAUGCACGGCCUCGAAGGUCUAUCCCUCUACGAGAAGAAAUGCGUCCUAAUCAACCGCGAAAUCGACCGUCAAGGCAUGGGAAAAUACCAAUGGUACAUCUGGUCCCUGUGCGGUUUUGGAUACCUUCUUGAUCUUCUUUGGGCUCAAGCUUUUGGUCUUGUUCUUGGACCACUGGAGCAGGAGCUGGGCUUUGGGAAAGAUGAGUCGGGGAAUAUUUCUACCAGCUUUAAUGCUGGUCUUACGGCUGGAGCUUUUGUUUGGGGAUUCCUGGCGGAUAUUAUCGGUCGACGUUGGGCUUUUAAUCUGACAUGUUUGAUCUCGAGUAUCUUUGGACUUUGCCUUGGUGCUUCAAACAACUACAACACCUUCUUGGUCCUGACUGCUUUUGUCGGAUUUGGUGUCGGUGGAAAUAUUCCUAUUGACACGACGAUUACUCUCGAGUUUAUUCCUCAGAACAAACGCUUCCUUUUGGCUUGUCUAUCAGUCUUCCAACCCAUUGGAGUCGUCAUCUGCAGCGCCAUAGCCUUCGGUUUCAUCCCCGUCUACGCCUGCUCCCCCAACUUCUCAGAACCCAACCCUCUAAUCUCCUGCAACAACGCCUCAGCUGGUCAAAACUGCUGUUCAAAGGGUGACAACAUGGGCUGGCGAUACCUCCUCUUCACAAUCGGUGGAAUCACUCUACUUGUCUUCAUUCUCCGCUUUUUCGUCUUCAACUUUCGCGAAACACCAAAGUAUCUCGUCUACCGCGGUCGAGACGAGGAAGCUAUCGACACAUUGCAGCACAUGGCUGAAGUCAACAAGAAAGAGUGUGGUUUGACUAUCGACAUGUUUGAGUCUCUUACCACUGAUGAGAGCUCUGUUAGUGGUGAUAGUGCUACGCCUGCUCUUGGAGCGGGUAAGAAGCAGCUUAAUCUCAAGUGGUCUAAGAAGGUGAAGCUGGAGAUGCAGCGAUACAAGAUGUUGUUUUCUUCACCCACGAUGACCCGUUUGACGAUUCUUGUCUGGUUGACGUAUAUCAUGGAUUACUGGGGUUUCACUGUCGCUGGCUUCUACCUCCCAAGUAUCCUCGCUCUGAAGAACGGCGCUGCAUCAGUCAGUCUCAAAUCAACAUACGCAGCCUACAUUUACACCUACGCCCCAGGCAUAGUAGGAGUCCUUCUCGGAGCAACUCUCUACCGCAUCCCCGCCAUCGGCCGAAAAUGGACAAUGGUUAUAUCAUCCGCCCUAAUGGGAAUAUCCAUCAUCCUUUUCUCAACAGUCGACACCCGAGCAAAGAACGAAGGACUAUUCACAAUGGAAUACUUCUUCCAGUCCAUGUUCAACGCUGUGCUGUACGGAUGGACACCUGAAGCUUUCCCUGCUCCUAUUAGAGGUACGGCUUGUGGUAUUGCCGGUUUCUGGGGUAGGUUGUUUGGUAUUGUUAGUCCGUUGAUUGCGCAGCAUUUGUAUGGACGGUCCAAUGGGGAGAAUGGGCAGGGUGAUAUUAAUAGUGUGCUUUACCUGGCUGGUGGUGUUAUGCUGGGUUGUGUUAUUACUACGGCUUUGUUGCCGAAUGACAUGAUGGAGACAAGGGACGAGAGGUCAUGA